AGCAGCUCUCGACUGUUCUCCAGUAUGUGGAGCCUGCUGAUCUAGCUCCUGCUGCCGCCGCCAAGCCUCUGCCGCAGGAACCAUGUCCCUGAACGAGAGCGAGACCACUGACCACUGCCGGAUCCCCAGCAACGGCACCUACUUGGCUCUGUCGCAGCUGAUGAUCGGGGAGUUUGCACUGGGGCUGCCGCUCAACCUGUCCGUGCUCUACAUCUUCAUCUUCAGGUUCCGCUUCUGGAGGAACAACAGCGUCUUCCUCUUCAACAUCGUGGUGGCCGACCUGCUGCUGGUGGUCUGCCUGCCCAUCAAAGCCUACCACUACCAGCUGGGCCUGCGGCGCAGCAGCAACAGCACCAUGUGCAGGUCCAUGCUCUUCAUGCUCUUCCUCAACCGCGGCGCCAGCAUCGCCUUCCUCAUCACCCUCACCAUCGACCGCUACUUCAACGUGGUCCACCUGGGCCGCAAAAACUUUGUGAAGGCGCUGAAGAAGACGCCGCAGAUCUCCAUCGUCAUCUGGCUGCUGCUGCUGCCGCUCGCCGUUCCCACCAUGCUGGAAGACUUUGAGUGCUGCAACAGCCUCGGGCGGAGCGACAACAACACAGCUCGGCACACGCCGGUGGACACCAUCAGAGAGGUGGUCUUCUUCUCCCAGAUCAUCAUCCCCUUCAUCAUCCUGGUCUACUGCACCGUGUGCAUCGUCAACCGGCUGCGGAGGAAAACCGUCGGCGAGAGAACCAAACUGCGGCGCGCGGUGUGCGUGGUGAUGUCGGUGGUGGUGGUCUUCUCGCUCUGCUUCCUGCCCUGCGCCGUGGCCAGGGCCGUGCUGCUGGUCGUGAGGCAGAAGGUUCACUGGGAGCCCCAGGAGGAUCGCUGGGUGCACCAGGAGAACCUGGUGGUCCAGGUCUACGACAGCCUGAUGGUGCUGUCCUACAUCGACUGCCUGCUGGACCCGCUGGUCUACUGCUUCUGUAACUCGGGAUUUAAAGACGCCUACAUCUCCACCUUCUGUCCCAAGUUCCUGCAGAAGAUGCUCUUGAAGAGGGACUUUGGUUUGGGCACCACCACGGUGACCACAACCACCUCUGGGACGAGAAGCACGUCCCUCGCGGCCAUCAAAAACGAGACGGUGGCCAUGGUGCCCGUCACUUGAGCUGCGUUCUGCAGACUCACCGACUCACGUCCUGCCGCCCUCGGCGCCCGUGGACUCGCCGCCGUCCCUCCGUGUUUGCCUCCCUGUGCUGCUGCUGCUGCCGCGCCACACGUUAGCAUGACUCCCCCCCGGGGCUGCUCCGGCACCUGCUUCUCUGAGAAGCCACCGACCCACCGGGCCCAGGCUGAGUGGUCGGGAAAGUGCUUCCGAAAUUUGAGCCCCGCAAACUGCUUUUACGGAGCUUCCUGUUUGUGCUCGUGGUUGGAUUUUUCAGCCGAUAAUGCGAGGUAUUAUCGGCAGGAAGUGGACGUGAAUGCGUUGCUAAUGUGUUUCUGUGGCGCCGCUGAUGAGCCUGAUGUUGUUUUCGAUUAAAGGCCUUUGGUGUUUGAUGAGCUGUCGCUUUAAU